ACAACCUUUGAUUUUUCUGGAGAGUUCAUUGAAAAAGUAAACAAACUAGAAAAAUGUCAAAUUCAAUAUCAAUUCCUCGAAGACUUCCACUUCUACUAGUCCAAGACAAUGUCCUUUUACCAGGAUCAUCGAUGCGUAUUCCAGUUCGCAAUAUGAGAAAUAUGAAUAUGGUGAAGAGCCACUUGUUGAGUAGGAACACACUGAGUAGUACAAUUAUAGGAGUUAUACCGAGGGAACCAGCUGAUGAUACACAGACGGAUGAACUGUCAGGCCUACAUUCCAUAGGAACUGCAGCUGUUGUCGUGCAGGUAACCGGUACCAACUGGCCUAAACCCUCUUACACCUUGCUGGUUACUGGCUUGUGUAGAUUCAAACUGGAACAACUUCUACAGGAAACUCCAUAUCCCAUAGCAACAGUGACACAACUUGAUAAACUAGCAGAUGAUGCCGAUGACGAACUGAAUAGCAACAGAGAACUUGGAAACCUUGCUGAGAAUUUCAGAGAACAGGCAGCCAAGCUGGUUGACAUGCUAGAUGUCUCCAUACCAGUUGUAUCCAAGCUAAAGAGAAUGUUAGAGAGUGUACCAAGCCAACAUCUACCAGAUAUCUGUGCUGCCCUCGUAAAAGCCUCGUAUACAGAGAAGAUACAAGUACUGGAUGCCGUGGAUCUUCUCGACAGAUUUAAGAAAGCUCUACCUUUACUGAUGAGACAAAUUGAAGGGUUGAAGCUGCUGCAGAAAGCAAAAAAGGAUCGAGCUCUGGUUAUCAAAGACUCGCGUAAGGAAGGUGGGAAGCCAGGAAAUAUGCGACGUAUAUUUCGCGGGAAGAUGAAGAUGGAUAUUGAUGAUGAAGACAAUGAAGAUAAUGAUGAAUUACUUGACCUUGAAACGAAAAUCAAACAAGCAGAGAUGCCAGAUCAUGCCCACAAAGCUGCCAUGAAGGAGCUAAAAAGAUUGAAGAAGAUGCCACAGCAUAUGCCAGAACAGGCUAUGAUCAGGAACUAUUUGGAAUUAAUGGUGGAGCUGCCAUGGUCAAAAAGCACAAAAGAUUCGUUGGACUUGAAACAGGCUAGGAAAGACAUGGAUGCAGAUCAUUUUGGAAUGGAAAAACUCAAGAAAAGAGUGCUGGAAUAUCUGGCUGUUAGACAACUUAGAAAGUCUUUGAAGGGGCCAAUCCUUUGCUUUAUAGGGCCACCAGGGGUCGGGAAAACUAGUGUUGGAAAAUCUAUAGCUCAUACACUUGGCAGAGAAUUUCACAGGAUUUCUCUUGGAGGGGUAUGUGAUCAGUCAGACAUUAGGGGCCACAGAAGGACUUACAUUGGUUCCAUGCCAGGUAGGAUCAUACAGGGUCUGAAACUGAGUGGUACAAACAACCCAGUCUUCCUCCUGGAUGAAGUGGAUAAACUGGGUAAGAGUUUGCAUGGUGAUCCAGCAGCAGCCUUGUUAGAGGUUCUAGAUCCAGAACAGAACAACACAUUCACUGAUCAUUAUCUAAAUGUGCCCUUUGACCUGUCACAAGUUCUAUUUAUAGCUACAGCAAACAACAUGAAUACAAUUCCACCAGCAUUGUUAGACAGAAUGGAAGUUAUUCAUGUACCAGGUUACACACAGGAAGAGAAAGUGAAUAUUGCAGUACAACACCUGGUACCUAAACAGUUAAAGGAGCAUGGACUAACACAGGAACAACUUCAAAUACCAGAGGACAGUCUUAAAAUCAUCAUUUCCAGAUACACCAGAGAGUCGGGUGUUAGAACUCUGGAAAGAAAGCUUGCCGGGUUGUGCCGUGCUGUAGCGGUGAGAGUAGCGGAAAGUUCGUACCAGUCUAAACGUGACAAACUAGACAGCCAUUACUCGGAGAAGAAGGACUUGAAAGAUGACGGUCUAUCAGAAUCACUUUCCCAUGAUGCAACAGCUCUAGCUCAUCCACCUGAAAUGCCGAUUGUGAUUGAUGAAGUGGCCAUAGAAGAUAUACUUGGUCAACCAAUAUAUGAAAGUGAAGUUGCUCAGCGGUUGAUCCAUCCAGGUGUGGCAGUGGGUCUGGCUUGGACACCUAUGGGUGGAGAGAUUAUGUUUGUAGAGGCCUCGUGCAUGAAGGGAGAUGGUACUCUGACCUUGACGGGACAACUUGGGGAUGUAAUGAAGGAGUCAGCCAAUCUUGCAAUUAACUGGGUGAAAACUCAUGCUCGACAGUUCCACUUAGAUGAGAAGGAGAUAUCCAAGAUGGAUGUUCACAUACAUUUUCCUGCUGGGGCUGUUGGGAAGGAUGGUCCGUCUGCUGGGGUUACCAUAUCAACCGUGCUGGUUUCUCUCUUUACCAAACAUUGUGUGCGCUCAGAUACAGCAAUGACAGGGGAGAUCACUCUAAGAGGAAUUGUUCUUCCAGUUGGAGGUAUAAAAGAGAAGGUUCUGGCUGCACACAGGGCAGGGAUCAGGAGAAUCAUCUUACCAAAGAGAAAUGAGAAAGAUCUACAAGAAAUACCAAACAAUGUUAAGUCUGAGCUGACAUUCAUAUUUGCUGCGGAACUAGAGGAUGUGCUGCGGGCAGCAUUUGAAGAAACCCUUCCAUCCCUGGAACCAGCUGUUUCCAGCAAACUGUGAGGGGAAAAGGAACCAGCCAUCCACUGUGCUACAUCUGUGAUAAAGGAAAUUAAAGGAGAACAUGAUUUUUCCAGAACCAGAAACAAUUUCAAGAUGAUUUUUUUGUUCUCAAAGAAUUCAUUUACCCAUGAUUUUAUUGUUUCCUGAAAAUUCCAUUACUUAACUUAGAAUUUGUACAUACAUUUCCUUUGAGAAAAUCAGAUAACAUGAUAACAACCUGAUUGAUCUGAACUUAGUCAGAAUAAGACUAUUGAAGCUUCACGCAAAUGAAAACAGGAGUUUAAAUUCUGGGACAUCUUGCAAUUUAAAGACAAGUUUGAGAACCAGUCUCAGAGUUCCUGCAUUUGAUUGGUUGAUUCUUACCUCAGCUUUAAAACUGACCAAUGGUAAGACUGCAUUGUCAGACUGGUUUCCAAACUCAGGCUUAUAGUUUUGGUGUCUUGUUGUACAGACAUGCUUAAUCAAAGGUAAAGUUAAACAAUUUUUUUUUUCACAAAUUUGUGUUAAGAUACAUGUAUGUAACCAGAGAUUUAAUCAGUGAUGAUUGCAGAGAGUGUUGUGUUUCAGAUGCAUGUAAACAAAUGAGAGGAAUUAUUUGUACUGUUUGUGAUCACAUUUAAUGAGUAAACCAUGUAAAUACAUGUUUACAAUUAAGGAAUUGUUUAAGUCCCAAAAUGACAUUGCUUAAACUAGGUUUCAUGAAGAGGCUGAGAAAUCAAACUGUGUUAACAUUGUUCAAUUUCUAAUCAUUUGAAACAAUGUUGACAAAUUCAUCAGAAUUUUUGGCCAGAUUUGACAAUUAUAUUCUUAUAUUUGGUAUUUCUGAUUACCUCCCUUCAACAAGUCAGUGUCUGCAAGUCAUUCAUUACUUGAAUAAGAAAGUUACACAUGCUUUCCUGAGAUUUUUGGUUUGGAUAAGAUCUUCAUUAUCAAAAGCACUGUGGGAGUUAUAGGAAAAUUAAAUUAAUUUCUUAAAUUAUUGUCCAAGACUGUAAAUCAUAAGCAGGAAAUGUGUGUUUCUUAGAAACAUAUUUUCUACUAUGUAAGACAAAAAUAAAUUGUUUCUUUUUUGUUUGUGAGUGCAAUCAUUUAUAGCAACUGUUGUAUAAUUGUCAUGAAAUUUUCAUGAAUAAAUGUGAAAGAGU